CGCGCCGGGUCGGGGCCGAGGGAACGGAAAGCUGAGGCCAGCGCCGCGGAGACCCGAGCCUAACGGCCCUCCUGGCGCCGCCCUCCCUGUCCUUCCAGACCUGCCUCGCGGUCAGCAUCCUGGAGAGUCGCCGAGGGAUGAGGAUGCGACAGCGCGGGGGGACGCCCUUGCUGCGGGAGCCGGGCCGCGCCUGAGCCCUGUCCUCUCCCCGCGCACAGGCCUCUGCGAGUGAGCGGCGGCGUGGCGAGCUCCGGCCGCAUGGAACGGCUGCAGAAGGCCAAGAUGGAUAACCAGGUACUGGGCUACAAGGACCUGGCUGCCAUCCCCAAGGACAAGGCCAUCCUGGACAUUGAGAGGCCUGACCUCAUGAUCUAUGAGCCCCACUUUACCUAUUCCCUCCUGGAUCAUGUGGAGCUUCCCAGAAGCAGAGAGCGCUCUCUGUCGCCCAAAUCCACAUCCCCCCCACCAUCCCCAGAGGUGUGGGCAGAGAGCCGGACCCCUGGCCUCAUCUCUCAAGCUUCAGUCCCGAGAACCACGGGAACCCCCCGCACCAGCCUGCCCCACUUCCACCACCCUGAGACCACCCGCCCAGACUCCAACAUCUACAAGAAACCACCCAUCUACAAGCAGAGAGAGUCCAUGGGAGGCAGCCCUCAGAGCAAGCACCUCAUCGAGGACAUCAUCGAGUCGUCCAAGUUCCCCGCAGCCCAGCCCCCUGACCCCAACCAGCCGGCCAAGAUCGAAACCGACUACUGGCCAUGCCCACCGUCGCUGGCUGUUGUGGAGACCGAGUGGAGGAAGAGGAAGGCAUCUCGCAGGGGGGCAGAGGAAGAGGAGGAGGAGGAAGAUGACGACUCUGGGGAGGAGAUGAAGGCGCUCAGGGAGCGUCAGAAAGAGGAGCUCAGUAAGGUUACUUCCAACUUGGGAAAGCUGAUCUUGAAAGAAGAGAUGGAAAAGUCGUUGCCUAUCCGGAGGAAAACCCGCUCCCUGCCCGACCGGACACCCUUCCAUACCUCCUUGCAUCCAGGGACGUCCAAGUCGUCUUCUCUCCCCUCCUAUGGCAGGACCACCCUGAGCCGGCUACAGUCCACAGAAUUCAGCCCUUCAGGAAGUGAGGCUGGAAGCCCAGGCCUGCAGAACGGAGAGGGCCAGAGGGGGAGGAUGGACCGGGGGAACUCCCUGCCCUGUGUGCUGGAGCAGAAGAUCUAUCCCUAUGAAAUGCUGGUGGUGACCAACAAGGGGCGAACCAAGCUGCCUCCAGGCGUAGAUCGGAUGAGGCUUGAGAGGCACCUGUCCGCGGAGGACUUCUCGAGGGUCUUUGCCAUGUCUCCCGAGGAGUUCGGCAAGCUGGCCCUGUGGAAGCGGAACGAGCUCAAGAAGAAGGCCUCCCUCUUCUGACCGCCUGCCCACCGUCUCCACGACCAGCCCCUCUCCUGUGCUGCUUCAGGGCUCUGGAGCUGGGGCCACUGGACCCCGAAGCGUUCUCUUCCCCUGGUGGGCUAGGAGCAGUGGGAGGMGGGGCACAAGCAGAGUGGGUUCCAUUCCUCAGGGCGAGGGGGUGCCCCGGCCUCUGCAGUCCCAGAGCCGUGAGGCCUGGACUUCCUUCCCCACGAUGGGCCGGGGCCUCCUUCUCUUGUCCCUGGUCCGCACUGCCCAGCCAAGCCCAGCACACACAGAGUUAAAGUUUGCACCCUCUCCCUGCCUGUCACCCCCACACGAAGGUCCCCAGAAUCAGGUGAGGAGAAAUGAAGGGUGUGCUAAGUGGUUAGACUGUCAUCUGUCCUGCACAGUAGGUGGGAUGAGGCCAGGUAGGGACAGCUCUGGGACCCUGURUCCGCCUGCCCAAGCACUCCAUUCCCUUCCGACAGCUCCCUGCACCUGGGCCUCCUGCUUCUCUGACUGGCAGGAGCAGGUUCCAGCGGGGCCUCCCACAGGGCUGUCUGCCUACCCUCCAGCUUGCCCUGUCUUCUAUUGUGACCCCCAAGCUUUGAAGCCUCCUACUCCAGCCCCAUGGCUUCCCCAGAAGCCCUGGCUUAGAGUGGAGAUGCCRCCUAUACCAUGCCUGGCCUGCCACCAGCCUCGGGGAAGCCAGCCAGGGUGCCUUCUAGCACCUGCCCAGGGACCAGAGGAGCCCAGGCCCUGAGCCUCCCAGGAGGCAGGCUCAGUCCGUCUCUGAGAGUCCUGGCUCCCAGGCCCCGCCCAUACCCAUGCACCCCCCACCACGCUCUCUACAGAAUGUAAUUUAUUGGGGCACCCCUGCUGCUUUCCUCACCUGACUCCCUGCCCUGCCCAGUCACGUGCCCAGCUUCCCUCCGCUCCAGAUAUGUAUGUGUAUAUAAUUAUAUAUAUAUUUUUGCCCRGGUCUGGGUUUUGUUCCUGCCCAGACCCUGGCAUUCCCUUUCCAUGUGUGUGUGAUCA